UGCUAAAGUCGGCCAUGGCUAAUAUCGUGCCAUCUCGCGAGAACGUUUCCAGUAAACAUAUGAUCACAUGUUUUGAUGAUGUCACAUACGGGAUGUUUACUCAUCGUAACUGACUCAUGAUUUCAUCUUGUACCUGUAGGCUGUAGAGUAUUUUGUAACUUGUAGACUGCAUUUGAUAUCAUAUAGGUACUAGUACGUAGUAAGAGGUGAAAGACAUUCAUCUAUAUAAGACUAAGAGUGCUGUUGUCAGCGAUGUCAAAUUUGAGUGAACAACAGAAAAACAACCCCGAGAAGGCUAGACAGAAAAGAAGAUCACUCAUCAGCCUAGUCAACUAGACCUACAUAUUAUAUCCCGGCCUCAAAUAUGGGAUGUUGCCUCUCUUCCAAAGACCCUGUAGCAUCAGCACCGCUGCCACCGAGUUAUCCUGCAGGACAGCAAGGCUAUCCGACCGCUCCAGCGUAUCCAUCUCAAGCUGGUGCUCUAGGGUAUGCACCGCAACCUGGUGCUGCGGGAUAUCCAACACUAUCUGGCGAUAAGGGGUAUGCACCACAACCUGGUGCUCCAGGGUAUGCACCACAACCUGGUGCCUAUGAUGCACCACCCCCGUAUGCGCCGUACGCGCCUGCAGCCGCACCAGCUCCGGCUCCACAAGUAAUCAUCGCACAGCAGGCUACCUACGAUGCUGGUGCAAGGUUUGAUGUCGCAGCCCAACCAAACAUUCCC